CAAAUCUCACUGUUCCACAAUCAUUUUCAAACUGUAAUCCAGAUAUUUUCUUUCUUUCCUCCACAGACAUGUUAGCAACCCCUCAAGAAACUCAACUACCUCCUGUUUCCUUCAGUCCUUUCCUCUUCCAUUACUCCUAACGGUUACUUUUCUUGCUUUCAAUGCCCAUUAACCUCCUCUAGACUCCCCACUCUACGACCCCAAAACGGCAAGAAACCAAACCUCCCUCCAAAACAUCAACAGAACAAGAACAGAGUCUCUGGUAACUGAAACAGGGGUGAAAACAGACUAAAAUUUCUGAGGAGGCCGGAUGGAGUUUAGGGCCUUUCUGACGUCCUUAGGGACUUCUUUCGUGAUAUUUGUGGUGCUCAUGUUCUUGUUCACCUGGCUCUCAAGAAAGCCUGCAAAUUAUGUGGUCUAUUAUCCCAACAGGAUCCUCAAAGGUUUGGAUCCGUUUGAGGGUAGCAAGAGGACCCGUAACCCGUUUACAUGGAUCCGGGAGGCCUUGUCUUCAACUGAAGCUGAUGUGAUUAGAAUGUCUGGUGUUGAUUCUGCUGUCUACUUUGUUUUCAUGAGUACUGUAUUGGGAAUAUUGGUUCUGUCUGGCCUUGUGCUUUUACCAGUGCUGCUACCAGUUACGGCAACAGAUCAUAGCUUGCACUUAAUUGUUAAUGAAACCAGCCAAGGGGCCUUUAAUGAUCUUGACAAGCUGUCCAUGGGCCACAUUGGAGCAAACAGUCCUCGAUUGUGGGCAUUUGUGAUAGCUAUAUAUUUGGUUUCUAUUGUUGCAUAUUGCCUCUUAUGGAAAGCAUACAAUCAUGUUUCUGAUUUACGAGCAGCAGCUCUGGAGUCUCCCGAGGUGAAAGCUGAGCAAUUUGCUAUUGUGGUAAGAGACAUACCUCCACCUCCUGAUGGACAAACCAGGAAAGAACAGGUUGACUCAUACUUUAAAGCAAUCUACCCAGAGACUUUUUAUCGAUCCAUGGUGGUCACAAAUAACAAGAAGGUUAACAAAAUUUAUGAAGAGCUGGAAGGUUACAAAAAGAAGCUUGCUCGUGCAGAGGCCAUAUUUGCAGAGUCAAAGAAGAAUGGAAAUCCUGAAGGGACAAGACCAACGAAUAGAAUUGGCUUUCUUGGUCUAAUUGGUAAAAAAGUAGACUCAAUAGAAUAUUACAAUGAGAAGAUCAAUGAAUUAAUUCCAAAAUUAGAAGCUGAACAAAAGGUCACUCUCAGAGAGAAACAGCAACCUUCAGCUCUGGUUUUCUUCACCAGUAGGGUAACCGCAGCUUCUGCAUCACAGAGUCUACAUGCUCAAAUGGUGGAUACAUGGACAGUCUUGGAUGCUCCUGAACCACGCCAGCUAAUAUGGACUAAUCUGCCUAAGAAGUACUAUGAGAGAGAAAUCCGUCAGUAUUUUGUGUACAUUAUUGUGUUCUUGACCAUAUUCUUUUAUAUGAUUCCUAUUGGGUUUGUUUCCGCAUUUACAACUCUGGAAAAUUUGGAGAAACUUCUCCCAUUUACAAAACCAAUUGUGAAGCAGAAGGUGGUUAGUACGGUGUUAGAGGCCUACUUGCCUCAGCUUGCACUCAUCAUAUUCCUGGCUUUGCUACCAAAGUUUCUUUUGUUUCUAUCCAAGACGGAGGGCAUCCCUUCAGAAAGCCAUGUUACAAGAGCUGCAUCCGGGAAGUACUUUUACUUUACAGUGCUCAACGUGUUUAUUGGUGUUACAGUGGGUUCUUCCCUUUUUGGUACGUUUAAGCAGAUUGAGAAGGAUCCAAAUAGUAUUGUUCCUCUGUUAGCAACUAGCCUUCCAAAGAGUGCAACUUUCUUCUUGACUUUUGUGGCAUUGAAGUUCUUUGUUGGUUAUGGGCUUGAGCUUUCCCAGAUAGUUCCAUUGAUAAUAUUCCAUCUGAAGAAAAAGUACUUGUGUAAGACUGAAGCUGAAGUUAAAGAAGCUUGGGCUCCUGGAGAUCUUGGAUACGCUACUCGAUUUCCUAGUGACAUGCUGAUUGUUACUCUUGUGUUUUGCUAUUCUGUCAUAGCUCCUAUAAUCAUUCCAUUUGGAGUCGUGUACUUUGGUUUGGGAUGGCUCCUUCUACGGAAUCAGGUUCUUAAAGUAUAUGUUCCAUCAUUUGAGAGCUAUGGGAGGAUGUGGCCUCACAUAUUCAUACGUAUCAUGGGUGCCUUGGUUUUGUAUCAAGUUACAAUGUUCGGCUUCCUUGGAGUCAAGAAGUUCCCCUAUACUGUGCUGCUCAUUCCUCUUCCAAUAAUAUCAAUCAUUUUUUGCGUCGUUUGUGACAAAAAGUUCUAUAGAUCCUUCCAGUCGACUGCCCUCGAGGUUGCUUGCAAAGAAUUGAAGGAAGUUCCUAACAUGGAAUCUGUCUUCAGAUCUUUCAUUCCACCAAGUCUGAGUGCCGAGAAAUCGGAAGACGAUCAGUUUGAAGAUGCAUUAUCUCAAGUUUCAAGAACAGGUUCCACUCUUUGAUCCACAGUAGUCAAUUCUCAGUGGAUUGUGUAAAUUGUGUGUCCAAUACUCAUCCACUUGUUUUAUCAUUUAGUGUAGAGAGCGUCUAGUGAAUUUGCUGUGUGUAUAUUUUCUUGUUUAAUGAACUGCUGAUUAGAGUCCAGUGGUUUUUCUUGUUUGUUGCUUUAUGAAAAUCUUUACCACAUGUUCUCAGUUCUCACACAAAGCUCCAUGGAUCUGGAAAAGUCAGUUUCCACGAACAUUGAAACCAAUACCUAUUUCAGAUGUUGUGUUGAUUGAAUUUUAAAGCUGCUGAUUUCUGCAUCA